AGUAGCUUCCUGCGCUGGCGUCCUUUCGUUCUCUUCGUCCGUUCUCUUCUCCCUCUUCCUUCUUCUCAUCCCUCGCCAUCGUCCACUGCUCAUUCCAUCGGCCCUCUCCACUCCUGUCUUGCAUCCCAUCCCAUUCCAUCGCAUCGCACUAGACUGUACCGAAGUGCUCAUCAAUAAUAGCCUGUGAUCAGAAAUACCGCACAGACAUACAUACGCCACUCUGCUCUUAGCCAUGGCCGACUCAAAGCAUCCUCCCGCCGCAAUCGAGACCGCCAAUCCCCUGUCGUACUUCUCGUUCAACUGGAUCCAGCCAUUGCUUAUUAGAGGAUGGAGUCAAACAAUUGUCGAAACGGAUCUUGACCAGCUCUCGAAGAAUGACCACGUCAAGAGGAUCACCGACAGGCUGCUGGAGGAAUGGACAAAGGAAGUAGAAAAGUGCCAGGCCAAGGCCAGGGCAACGGGGUCUAAGCCCAGGAGACCAAACCUCUACCUGGUCCUGUGGAGAUGCUUUGGGCUCUACUUCAGUAUUUCCUUUUUCACAGGCAUCAUCGAAAGUGCCUGUAAGAUCAGCGAAGCUAUUCUCAUGGGAUACGUUAUCCGUUUCUUCGACUUCCCAGACACACCGAUCAGCACAGGAAUGGCAUAUGCGGUUGGUCUCUUCCUAGUCACCCUUUUCCACGGAACCAUGCACCAUCACUAUUUCUUCCCAACUAUGCGCACUGGACUUUGGAUUCGGCAGAGUUUGAUCUCUCUCAUGUACCGCAAAUGCCUCACCCUCUCAACCUCCAGUUCGAUUGCUACCGGAACCAUCGUCAACCUGAUUUCUAAUGACGUCCAACCAUUCGAAAAUGCCACGCCCUUCAUGCUGUAUGCAAUCAUCGGACCAUUGGAGAUGAUAUUUGUCAUGUACUUUCUCUGGAGAGAGAUCGAGGUCGCCUGUUUGUCGGGAUUGCUGGUCUUUGUCAUCCUGAUGCCCGUCCAGACCUUCUUUUCCCGCCACUUCUCCACCAUCCGUAGCAAAACAGUCAAUGCCCGCGAUGAACGUAUCAGAACGCUUUCGGAUGUCUUUCAAGGAAUCGAGCUCGUCAAAUUGUGCGCAUGGGAGGUGCCGUUUCAGGAGAAAAUUCUCAUGCUCCGAUCGAUCGAACUCAGAUAUAUCUGGAAGGCCAACCUCAUGAGAGCCAGCAAUAUGGCGAUCUACUUUUUCUUCCAGCCUCUGAUCGCCCUGUUCGUUUUUGUCACGUUCUGGCUGCAGGGCAAGACCCUGUCGCCCGACAAAGUCUUUGUGUCGCUUACACUGUUCAAUGUCAUGCGCCUGACUAUGACCUCGUUCUUCCCCAAGGCUUUGGAGACGAUCGCAGAGACCCGUGUGUCUGUUCGCCGUAUCACGGACUUUAUGCUGCUACCUGAGCUGAAAGGUAUCGAGAACAAGUUCAAGACAGAACAGGAGGACUCCUCAGGCAAAUCCGGAGAUGCAAUGAUGGGAAGCGUGGAGAAGACUCUGGAUCCAUCUCUGCUGCUCGAAAUGCGCGACGCAUCUUUCUCUUGGUCGCUCGCCACGGAUGAAAAUAACGGGGUCCCAGAGCUUUCGGCCGAGGAGAAGGCUUCUCGCCAGGCUCAGGACACAGAGGACGAAAAGGGACACGCUAGCGCGGACAACCUGACAAUGAACAGCCCCAAGAAAGCCAUUCUCAACAACAUCACUAUGACCCUUCGUCGCGAUGAGUUGUUGGCUGUUGUUGGACCUGUCGGAUGCGGCAAAUCCAGUCUCUGUAUGGCACUCCUGCAGGAGAUGCCUCUAGUAUCCGGAUCUUUUGCGCUGGCAAAGCAGGAUAAAGGCAAUAUCAAGAUGUCUUACUCGGCCCAGUCGCCCUGGAUCUUUGCAGGAACGAUCAAGAGCAACAUUUUAUUCGGUUCUCAGUUCAACCAGGAGCGCUAUAGCAAGGUCAUCAAGGCAUGCGAGCUCACCCGCGACCUGUCCCUGCUCCCGCAAGGAGAUGAGACUAUCAUCGGCGAGAAGGGCGUGACCCUCAGUGGUGGUCAGCGUGCCCGUGUUUCUCUCGCGAGAGCAGCGUACAGGGAGUCGGACAUUUAUAUCCUGGACGAUCCACUUUCGGCUGUCGAUCCCAAGGUCGGACGUGCGCUUUUCGACAACUGCAUCAAUGGGCUGCUGAAAGCCAAGGCACGAGUACUGGUGACACAUCAGUUGCAGUACAUCAAGGAUUGUGAAAACGUUAUUAUUCUCGAGCAAGGACAUGUGACACAUACCGGACGGGUGGAUGCUGUGAUGCAGCAGGAGGUGGAGGUGGAAAAGGUGAUCAACGAUGGUGAAUCAACCAGGAGUGUCAAGAUGCGGGUCAAGUUCGUGGACGUUUUGCGCGAGUUCGCCAAGAAGGCACCUGAAGCAACGGAGGACGAGGAGACAGAUGCCAUCCUUAAAGCCGAUCCCACGGGAGCCGACUCCUCAAUGGAUGCACUCAAGCGUGUCAAGUCGCGUGUCUCGAAUGCCGGUGGUGUGGAGGAGGAUAGCGAUGCCCCAGAGAAGAAUCUGACCGUGGAGGAAGUCCAGGAGGGCGAUACACCUUUGCGAGUUUACUAUGAUUUCUUCCGGCUCGGAUCGACACCCUUCCGUCUGGGUCUAACCAUCUUCUCACUGGCAGCAGCGCAGGCGAUCAUGGUGGCGGGCGACUUUUUCCUUUCAAACUGGUCCGAACUAUCCGCAGAGGAACAGACACAUUCCUACUAUCCUACGAUCUUUGGUGUGUACUGUCUAGCGACCGUGAUCGUGACCCUGUUUCGGUCCUUCUUAUUCUUUUACUGUGUUUCGGAGAGUUCACGGAGCAUCUUCAGGGCCAUGCUCGACGCCCUACUCAAAACCAGCAUUGACUUUUUCCACGCCAACCCUCAUGGGCGUGUUCUGAACCGGUUCUCCAAGGACAUGGCCAACUGCGACGAGUUGCUACCAUACACCUUCUUCGACGCCACACAGAUCGUAUUUAUGCUUUUCGGAUCUGUGGUCGUCGUCUGUAUUGUGAACGCAUGGAUUGUCAUCUCGAUUCCUUUCCUCUUUGGUGGUUUUAUUUUCCUCCGUAUGGUCUAUAUCAGGACAAGCCGACAGGUCAAGCGUAUCGAUAGUCAGACUCGGUCCCCCAUCUACUCUCAGCUCUCGGAAACCCUGGAUGGCCUGACCUCUGUUCGUGCCUUUGGUGUCGGCGAGCGAUUCAUGGGACGUUUUGUGGACGCGCAAGAAGCCAAUGGACGUGCGUUCUUUGCCUAUUUGAUCUGCGCACGUUGGCUCGGUUUCCGUCUAGAUGCCCUCUCGGCGCUUUUCCUGGGUAUCACUGCUGUUGCUUGUGUUGCUGUCCGUGAUUCUCAGAAGGCUGCCAUGGUCGGACUGGCACUGAACUAUGUCACUCAGCUGAGUGGAGAGCUGCAAUGGGCUGUGAGACAAAGUGUCGAGGCUGCCAUUCUCAUGGUUUCUGUCGAACGUAUGAUGGAGUACGCGCAGGUCAAGCCCGAGGAAUCAGAGCGUCGUCGAUUCAACCCCGAUGGUUCGAGCGUUGUCCCGAACGGAUGGCCACAGGAAGCCAAGGUCACUUUCACGGACAUGUCCUUGACCUACCCUCGCGGUGAAGGCCCGGUGUUGAAGAACAUCUCGCUGGAUUUCAAGGCUGGCGAGAAGAUCGGGAUCGUGGGUCGCACAGGAGCCGGCAAGUCCAGCUUGAUCGGGGCACUCUUCCGACUCGUCGAUACCACCACGGGCAAUCCGCCUCAUCAUGGAGGCAUCUCCAUUGACGGGGUCGAUAUCUCCAAGAUCGGGAUGCAUGACUUGCGCGAGAAGAUGGCGAUUAUCCCACAGGAACCCUUCCUCUUCCGCGGCACACUGCGAUUCAACCUCGACCCAACAUCUCAGCAUCAGGAUGCGGACAUCUGGGCGGCACUGGAGGCCGCGGAAUUGAAGCGUCUCGUCGAGGGUCUUGAGGGAGGACUGGAUGCGACUGUGGACGACAAUGGAAAGAACUUUAGUAUCGGCGAGCAGCAGUUGUUGUCGUUGGCGCGUGCGGUGUUGAGACGGGCCAAGAUCAUUGUCAUGGACGAGGCCACUGCGAACGUGGACCUGCAGUCUGACCGGAUGAUCCAAAAGGCGAUCCACUCGCAGUUCAAGGGCGCAACCGUGUUCACGAUCGCACAUCGAUUAAAUACGGUCAUUGGCGACUACGAUCGUAUCUUGGUGCUGGAUCAAGGACGCGUAAUGGAGUUUGGCGAGCCAUGGGAGCUGUUGAACGGCCCUGUGGUGGAGAUGGGAAGUGAAUCGCCUUCGACGGCAGGAGGAUGGCUACGGAGGAUGGUUGCGGAUACUGGUGCGGAGAACGAGGUUGCACUGCGACAGGUGGCCAAGGAGCAGUGGGAGCAACGACGCGCCAAAGACGUUUGAUCUUACCGAUAGAAUAAUAAUAGAGUGCCCCUAUGUGCCCCGAAAAUCUUCUUUUUCCUAGAGGUCAUAUAGGGUAAACGUGACACAACGUGACAGUAUGGUAGAGGAUGAUACCUAGAGGCAUGUCUCCAGCUGGUUUCAAUGGUUUCUGAGGAAGUUUAAUAUCCUUAGUUAUUGCAGGAUGUAAAAAGAUGCGUCUAAGUACUAGACAUUCAUUUCAAUUAUUGUUCUGCACCAAAACAAUAAAAACGAUGAAGCACGAUAGAAAAUCGGCAAAAAUC